UUCCCUCACCGUUUGCAGAUUCUAGACGUCUCCAUUUGUCGAUCCAAACACACAAGAAUACUUUUUGGCUCAUGAACUCCUCCGCAACCGCCACCUCGCUCGCUCCGUUGCCAAUCCGCCACCGCUUUUUCCGCAAACCCUCCUUCUCCUGCUCCAUGCCUCGCCCUCCCAAUCGGAACCGCCGAAACCGCCGACGAAACCCCAACACCCCCACCACCGUCCCCACCUCCAAGCCCGCCUUCUACACUUCUUCCGACCCCGAAAAUCUCCAAGCCACCUUCGACCUCAACACCCUCUACUACUCCUCCCACUCCUACCUCCGCUACUUCCUCUCCUCCGCCUCCGACGCCGUCGAGGACCUCCAGACCCUCGUCUCCGUCGACGCUGACCGGAGAAUCGUCGUCUCCUGCCGCCCCUCCACGCUGCGAUUCGUCGGCAAUUUCGCGGUGGCGACCUGCGCCGUUGUGCUGGGGUUUAGGGUUUUGGUUGGGCUGGUGAGGUUAGGGUUCGGGAGCGGGUCGGGUUAUGGAAGAGAGAAGGUAGUGACGAGGAGGGAUAGGAGUCUUGGCGGGAAAGAGGUUGUGGUGGCGAGGGUAGAGAGGCCCAGAGCAGAGGAGGUUAGUGUCACCAAGAAAAGGGAGAGUGUGUUUAAGAAGAAUCGGGUUCGAUUCGGAGAGAAGCUUCCCCAAUGGUGGCCAACUACAACUUCCCAGCCAAUUUUAGGGGUGGAUAAUGAGGAGCACCAGAGAGAAGCAAAUAGAUUAGUUAGAGCAAUCACGGACAAUAGAAUGAGCGGGAAGGACAUUAUGGAGGAUGAUAUAAUUCAUUUACGUCAAAUAUGCAGGGUAUAUGGAGUUCGGGUCUCCUUUGAUACUACAAAUACACGGGAUUCAUUGUACCGUGUGUCUGUUGAUUUUGUCUUAAAUGUAUGUGCCAGGGCGCCGAGUCACUCUAAUGGUGUUGAGAUCGAGGGUGAAGAUGCUCGGCAAUUCAUAGCUGGGCUUGCUGAGAAUAUUGGGCUUGAGAAUGUUCGUGCUGGAAGAAUUGUGUCUGCAGCUGUGGCUGCACGUACACGUUCAUGUUUUUUGCAGGCCUGGGCUUUAGUAAUGCAAGGUAAACAUGCAGAAGCAGUGGUGGAAUUGUCAAAGAUAUGCCUUGUUUGGCGGAUUUUCCCUCCCGAGGAGUCUUCACCUGAGAUGGAGAUGGUGGCUCGAGGCUUGGAGAAACACUUGAAAAUGGAUCAGAGGGAAUUUCUUAUGAGCAUGCUUGUUGGCAUUUGCAGCGAAGAGAGCCAGAAAAGAGCAGCAGAAGCGCUAGGUUUGGUAUCAUCUUUCAAAGGUGUUGGUGAUGAACAAUGGCAAUAGUCUAGUUAGGAAAUAACCAUCAAGGAAGCACAUGUGCUGAAUCAAAUCUAAUAACCAUAAGGAAACACAUUGGGUAUUUACUAUUGUGAAUAAGCUCUAAUAUCAAUUAAGAAAUACAUCAAAUCUUAUUUUUUCAC